AAAUAUAAUCAAAGAUAUGAUGGUUAGUUACUAAAGACGAUGCUGGAUUGAGUGUCUAGGGUUUGUCUGAGAUUUCUCUUCCUUUCUCUCCAUGGCGUCGAUGACCUUCGCCACCUGCAAUUCGCUCUCCACUGGCAUCUCCCCUCGCUUUCUUGCUCCUCCUGUAUGCCGUAAAUCCAGGGUUUCUACUUAUCUCUCAACAACUACUGAUAAAUCCCUCACCUUCCUCGGCACGCCCUCCUCGAAACUCUUCUACUCAUCUUCGGUGCAGUCAGGGUUUACUGCUAAGGUUGAGCGGCGAAUUCUUGCCUCCGCCUCCAGGAACGAGGGAAGCUCGGAGCCGGAGGCUGCUCAGUCCGAUGAUGCUAAUCAGGCGAGGGGACAGAGCACGUUUCCGGAGAGGUUUCGUUACCUCACAAAGGAAGCGCCCGAUCGCCCAGUCAGGUGGCCAUGGGCUAUUGUGGUAUUAGCCGUUGCUGAAGCCGCAGUUCCAGAUUCGGUAAACAGCCAGAUGCCCUUACUUACAUUUGCAGCAUUUAUCGGGUUUGGAGCCGUGAAAAGCUUUAUUCCAGAGCCGCUCUUCUGGAUGUGCCUCUGUGGACUCUUUUGCUACUCGAGGUUUAUUACAAAAAAGGAUGAUGUAUCAACAUUAUUGCCAUCUGCUGCUGUACUCGCCGCUGUCGGGGAGCCAUGGGUCAGAUUUCUUGUGAUAGGUUUUUACUUGGCCCUCGCCAUCAUCCAGCAUUCAAAGGCAACGAAGGAACCUUCAAGUGAGGAAGUUCCUGAAACCAGUAGAAGACUUCCAAUCCCACUCUUACUCGCUGCUUUAUCUGUUGGAGUUCAUCUUGCUGCCAAAUGGGUUCGAUAUCGUCACCUGACAUGGAUGAUCGCUUGAUUGUUUCUUAUUCGAAAUUGAUUUUGAAGAUCCUGUCAACUUGCAAUCAUCUCGGAAGUAAGUUGUGUUGUGUAAUGUCUAUUUUACUGGUAUUCAUUGAUCAGAAAUUUGCAUUUCACAAAGCCCUGUUUCAAUCGGCUAUAUGAAUAUAAACCUAUCUCUGAUUCCUAUA